CCUAAUUGGCAAUUUGUAAAAUAACACGCGGCCACAUUACAGAUGUGCAAAUAAAAAAACAAUAGAAGCGCGCAAAAAGUUAAUAAAUCUUAAAAAAAGAUUGAGAAUCAAAGAAACGUGCUCUAUAGGAAAUCGCAUAACAAGUGAUUUUCGUUUUCCUUAAUUUCUACAGUAAAAAGAAGAAACCUAAAGAACAUAAUUGAACAUGUUGAUUGGUUUCUGCUAAAAAAUCACAUGCAGUCUUAAAAAAGUGGCGUAAAAUGCGAGAUUUUGUUAAAUGAGAUCCAUCUAUCUAAGCUAAUAAAGUUGUGUAUAACUUCAGUGUCCCAAAAAAAUCGAUUUUGUAAGGGAAAACCUACAACCAGUUUUUAUAUAUCCUAUAUACACCGGAUCCUGCUCCGACCGCGUGUUUUCAUUUCCCCCCGUGGUAUUCGUUAACAUUUCCCCUACAACGACGACAACAACAACAACAAGUUCACCCCUCACGUUUUGUGUUUUGUUAUUUAAAAUAUUGUUGUUGUUGUUGUUGCCAUCUAUUGUUUAUACAAUAACAAGAACAAGAUAAAUUUUUCUGCUGCUGCUGCUGCUGAUUUUGCUUAAUUGAAAUUCUUCAAUUCAUCUGACAAAGACAUCUUUGAAAAAAGAAAAUGAAAUACAUUUUGGUAACUGGUGGUGUCAUCAGCGGUGUCGGCAAAGGGGUCAUUGCCUCAUCAUUCGGCACCCUCCUUAAAUCGUGUGGUUUGGAUGUGACAUCCAUUAAAAUCGAUCCAUAUAUAAAUAUUGAUGCCGGCACCUUUUCACCCUAUGAACAUGGUGAAGUCUAUGUCUUGGACGAUGGCGGUGAAGUCGAUUUGGAUUUGGGCAACUAUGAACGUUUUCUGGAUGUCACACUGCAUCGUGACAAUAACAUUACCACGGGUAAAAUUUAUCAACUGGUUAUUGAAAAGGAACGUAAGGGAGAAUAUCUGGGCAAGACGGUGCAGGUUGUACCCCACAUCACGGAUGCCAUACAGGAAUGGGUGGAACGUGUGGCCGAUACACCCGUACGCGGUGAGUCCAAACCCCAGGUUUGUAUCAUUGAACUGGGCGGCACCAUUGGCGACAUUGAGGGUAUGCCUUUCGUUGAGGCCUUUCGUCAAUUUCAAUUUCGUGUGAAACGUGAAAAUUUCUGCUGUGCCCAUGUCUCGUUGGUACCCUCACCCUCGUCGACGGGUGAACCCAAAACCAAACCCACCCAGAGUUCGGUGCGUGAGCUAAGAGGUUUUGGCCUAAGUCCUGAUCUGAUUGUCUGUCGUUCCGAGAAACCCAUUGGUUCGGAGGUGAAGGAGAAAAUCUCGAAUUUCUGUCAUGUGGCUCCGGACCAGGUCAUCUGUAUACAUGAUUUGAGCUCGAUAUAUCAUGUCCCGUUGUUGAUGGAACAAAAUGGCGUCAUUGAAUUCCUCAACGAACGUUUGCAGUUGAAUAUCCAGCCGAGCAAAAGGGAAAAGUGUCUGCAGAAAUGGAAGGACUUGGCCCGUCGCUCGGAAACCCUACGCAAAACCGUCAACAUUGCCCUGGUGGGUAAAUACACCAAAUUCAAGGAUUCCUAUGCCUCGGUAAUCAAGGCCCUGCAACAUGCCGCCCUGGCUGUGGGCUAUAAUCUCAAUCUGAACUUUAUCGAUUCCAGUCUCUUAGAAAACGAAACCCUGCAGGAUGCCCCCUCCAAAUACCACAAAGAAUGGCAGCUGUUGUGUGAAAGUGAUGGUGUCUUGGUACCUGGUGGCUUCGGUUCCCGCGGCAUAGAGGGCAAAAUCAAGGCCUGCAAAUGGUGUCGUGAAAAUCGCAAACCCUUUUUGGGUAUUUGCCUGGGUCUGCAGGCGGCUGUUAUAGAAUUCGCCCGCAAUGUUUUGGGCCUGGAAGAUGCCAACACCACAGAAAUUAAUCCCAAAACGGCAAAUCCCUUGGUCAUUGACAUGCCUGAGCAUCAUACCGGUCAAAUGGGCGGCACCAUGCGUUUGGGUAAACGCACCACCAUCUUCUCCGAAGAGCCCAGCAUUAUUAAACAGUUGUACGGUAAUCCCAAAACUGUUGAUGAACGUCACCGGCAUCGUUAUGAGGUGAAUCCCAAAUAUGUACCCCAACUGGAAGAGCAGGGCUUGCGCUUUGUGGGCUGUGAUGAUACCAAGCAACGUAUGGAAGUUAUUGAGCUAAGGAAUCAUCCCUAUUAUGUGGGCACCCAAUAUCAUCCGGAAUAUUUGUCACGCCCCCUGAAACCCUCACCACCAUUUUUGGGUUUGAUAUUGGCCUCAGUGGGACGUCUGCCAAACUAUAUUGCCCGUGGCUGUCGGCUAUCGCCUCGUCAACAAUCAGAUGCCUCUUCGGAUGAGGAUGAUUUGCAGAUAACGGCAAAAAUCAACAACCUUAAAUUAAAUGGUGGCAGUACAUUUUUGACACCCAACGGCAUCAGCCGGGCGGGAGGAGAAUUAUUUUUAAAUGGCACAUCAUCUGUGGAGGCUUCAGACACAGAAUCGGGUAGCAAACCACUCAAUGGUGGUGGUGUUUAAACUGGUGGGGGGAAGAACUGUUGUAACACCAACACAUAGACACACAAAUUGCUGCUGGAUAAAUGUUAGAUUUUAGGGUUAAGAAAAUAUCAAAUAAAAAAAAAAGAUGACAGUCCAGUGGUACUGAACUUUAAUACCUUCCACAUAAGACUGGAUAGGGUAUUGAGGAUACUCGUUUUGAAUACAAAAAAAAAAGAUAAAAAUAUUAAAAAAGCAACUAAAGAGUCAAAGGCUCCUGCUUAGUUUGUAAGUUAAAUAGAUAACCCACACACACACAAUGUAUGGUUCAAAACUGAAGGAAUUUUUCGCGUUGUUUAUUUUGUAUGAAAAUAUUUACAGCAUCCAUCCACCACCACCCAUGCGCGCUGUGUAGGGGAUGGUGGUGGCAGCGUAAAUAAUUGUGAUUUUGGCAAAACAAGCACUAGUUAAAACUAUACUACAAAUAUUUCCAAUAUUUUUCAAACUUCCUCUCCCCCUCUCUCUCAAAAACAAAAAAACAA